GGCCUGCAUCACUUUUACCUCGCGUUCAGCAUGUUUACCAAGUUUACCUUCGCUUUUGUUCUCGUGGCCAUGGCUCUCGCCCGCCCUGAGGAGACUCCAGGUUAUGACUACUCAGCCCCUUCUUCACCCGGCAAGUACGACUUCAACUACGCUGUCAAGGACGACUACUCCAGUAAUGACUUUGGUCACCAAGAGAAUCGUAACGGUUAUGGAGCCCAGGGUUCCUACUACGUCCUGCUUCCCGACGGUCGUCUGCAGAAGGUCACCUACUCCGUGAACGGCGACUCUGGCUUCGUGGCCGAAGUCAGCUACGAGGGAGAGGCCCAGUACCCUGCUGAACAGCCUUCUUACAAUCCCACCCCUUCGUAUGUCUAAUCGAUUAUUCCUGCUACCCUUUCCCUUAUGAAAUGACUGACUGACUACAAUACUAUUUAUUGCUUGUACGAGUAAUUUAUAAUUAUAUAUCCAUAGUGCAAUACUUUGAAACAAUCUUUUCUUAUUAGCCUC